CUCACGCGCGCUUGCCGCCCUGCGCGAGCCCAGUGCAGAAGUGUGUUGUGACCAUAGACUGUGUGCUUAUGAUGUGUCAAUAAGUUAAAACUGUGGACGGCACCGAUGAUGAGAGGGGGCUCCCGUUUCUUGUGCUGGGCUUUUGAGGUCAUCGUCAUUGCAUGACAAGGGCUGUGGCAGACUCAUCCUCAUCACUCAUAACAGCAUUUCCAUAUUAUUUCCUCUUGAACUCUGAUGGGGCUGUAGGUGCGGUAGUACCAUGAAGGGUGGAGGAACUGGAAAAGAACCACCAGUCGCCGGAGAGAUCGCAGGGAAACGACCCAAACGCAAAUGUCUACAGUGGCACCCGCUCCUGUCCAAAAAGACUUUGGACUUCUCAGAGGAGGAGGAGGAUGACGAUGAAGAGGAGCAAGAGAAGGACCAGGGCUCUCAGGUGCAGAGUGGAACCCCAGCUGAAGUGGACGAUGACCCCUCAGAGCAGAGAGCCCGCCGCCCCAUGAACGCGUUCCUCCUGUUCUGUAAACGCCAUCGCUCUCUGGUGCGGCAGGAGCACCCACGUCUGGACAACAGGGGCGCCACCAAGAUACUGGCCGACUGGUGGGCCGUGCUGGACCCCAAGGAGAAGCAGAAGUACACUGACAUGGCCAAGGAGUACAAAGAUGCUUUUAUGAAGGCAAAUCCUGGAUACAAAUGGUGUCCUACCACAAGUAAACCAGUGAAGAGUGCCCCCUGUCAGCCAGUGAGUACAGCACGCAAAAAAGUGUGGCCCUUCAUCUCAGGCCCAUGUAAAGACUCCACCACUGCCAAGAAAGUGCCCAAAGCAGACAGCAUGCCACAGUUAAACUUUGCCAUGGCAGAUCCCACAAAGAUGGGAGGCCUCAGUAUGCUGCUUUUGGCUGGUGAACAUGCCCUCACAAACAAAGAGGUCCCUUCAAGCACUAAACCAAGUUUACAUGAAACAGACACUGAGAGAGACCCCCUCCCAGAAAAUAAAACAGAGAUAUUGUCUGGAACAACACCGAAGAGAGUGCCUGAUAUCACUAAAAACAGGGUUAAGCCUGAACCUUCCCCUCCUGCAGAGUCGUCUGUGGCACCAGAAGUAAAACCAUGCAGGCAGUCUGCUCUCUUCCAGCUCGCAGAGAUGUGUUUAGCGUCUGAAGCACAGAAGAUGGACACAGAGGUUGCUCAGCCUGAGGAUAGCUGGUCCAGGCCCUCCUCAGAGCUUCAGACUUCAAUCAAAACUGAACUCAAGGAGGAGAAAGAAACCACUGACAAUGCUCUGUCCACUCAUCCAACCCCUGUCUCCUCUCCUCCCUCUAUCAUCUCUCCCUCCUGUGACACCACGUCCCUCAUCGAGACCUUAAGUCCCCGCGUCAAAAAGAGACCCAAGAAGAAAGAAGAGUCAAAAAUGGAUGAUGCAGAGGAAAUUUCUCCAGUUAAGGUCAUGAAAAUAGAAACAAAAUCAGUUGCCGAUCUCAUUUCCAGCACUAUUGAAAUGGUUGCAAAAAGAUCACUGCAAGAACCAGAUGAGAACAGGAUCCAACGCAGCCUUAGUUGUGGGGGUCACGCUCUGCCUAAAAAGACCAAGCCCAAAGUGAAGAGUUCUAUGGAGCAGACUGAGGCUAAAGACGACAGUGGUGCACAGUGUGGUGUUGAUAACUUCGAUGAGGGAAUGGAGAGUGAAAUACUGGACCACAGUCUGAAAACCGAGGUACCAGAUACAAUCACUGAGAGUAUUGAGACUCCGGACAACAUGGCUGAACCAGAGCAGUUCUUCACUAAAACCAAGGAGGAGGACAAAAGCAAAGAGGGAGCUAAUGAAGGAGAGAGUGCUGCUGAAAGCAGAGGGUCCAGGAAGUCUGAGAGGAGCUGCAAAGGCGCCUUGUACAAAACACUGGUUUCCGAAGGGAUGCUCACGUCUUUGAGAGCCAACAUUGACAGAGGUAAAAGAGGUGCCUUACGUGCUUCUGAUAAUGAUGCAAAUUGGACUGAAGACAGCUGGACGCUCACUCAGAUGGGAUCUAAUAACCCCAAAAAGCUCAAGAAGUCUAAGUCCAAAGAUGACUCCUCCCCCGGUCUGGGAAAACUGGAGGAAGAAUUUGAGAAGAAGUUCAACAGCCUGCCUCAGUACAGUCCCCUGAUAUUUGACAAAAAGGGCUCAGCUGUUACAAAGAGGAGAAGGACUGACUUUGUUCAAGAUGAGGCUCCCAAACCUGGUAAAGGACCAUUUCCAUCUCUGAAAAAGACUUCAUUCCACAAGAUUGUUAGGAAGCAUAAGCUCAAAAAGGACAAGCCAGUUCCAGUGGAAAGAGUAGUGGUUCAGAAUGAGCUGACCAUGCUAGACUCUGCAUCAAAAGCCAAAUCCCCGACUGCCAUCAUGUGCCCAGACGCCCAGGGCAGCGCCAACAUGGAGAUGCUCGUAGGGAGCCAGAAGAGGAAAGCCCGGAAAACCAAGAUCACACACUUGGUGCGCACAGCGGAUGGGAGCGUGUCUCCAGUCGAAGGUGACAAAUUUAGGGACCCGAUCCAGGAACAGGAUAAGAAGCCAUUACCCCCACAGAAUUUAUGCAAUGAAAAAGGGUGCUACAGCAAUCCCCCCGAAGAGGAGACAGAUGGGAGCGCCACACCACAGGAUCUGCCUGCUUUCUUCAGUUUAACAGCCCUUGCCGAGGUAGCUGCUAUGGAAAAUGCUCAUAGAGGCCAGAGGAGUUUGGCUGACAGUCAGAAGAAGGAGCUGUCUCCGACUCCAGUGCUGAUCUCCUGUGCCGAUCAGUGAGACAGUGGCUUCUCUUCUGAAACACACAUGGACACUGGGAGCAUUACCCUUUGUGAGCUGAACGGCCAAACACGAGGGACCCCGGAUCACGAUGCCUUGGACAGACUCGCCGCUCCCUCUUGUGGUCCUUUAGCUUGAGGUUUUCCGCGGAGCAAGAGCCAGCACUGCUUUUCUCCGCGCUCGCCACUAUCUCAGUGUCUCCCCAAAGCCCCUGCGGUGAGAGGAGGAUGUCUUCUGUAUUCCUCUUACCUAUUUAGAUGCUCUGUUAGCGCCUGUGGAAGAACCAAGCUGUCUCUCUCAGUGCAUGACUUCCUUCUGAGGUGGUUUUCUGGGAUCAAUGUAUGGUUAUGCAGUUUAAAGCUAGUAUCGUAGGUAAGCAUACUUCAAAUGGUUGUUUUUUAGAAUACCUGGCUUUCCGUCAGCUUGUUACCUCACACACACCUACUGAGAAGCCACCUCUGUUAGAAUACCUCUGUAUUUAUUAGCUUGCACCCUUCGUACCCUCCAGCUUCAACCCAAAACUGUUAAACCAGGGUAAACAAUCAUGAUUCCACUUCCACUUGUAACAUUUACUUAGUAUUUCUUUGUUUCACCAUUUUAGUGCACAUAAAUAAUGGUGAAAAUAAUGGUUGAGUAGAGUAAAUGUGACGCUACUGUUACAAAGAGUUCGUAGUAGCUCCAAUAAUCAUGAUAGACUGAAUUUGUAAGAGUAGACUUAUGCUAACCCUUGCAUCCUGCUGAAGUUGACUUUUGCUAAGGCUUUUGUCUUGUUAGUCCUUUAGUGGUCCUCCCUGUCAGGUGUAUGAGCUGAUCGCUUAAAGCUGUUCUUGAUAUGAGAAAGCUGUUUUAAAAUGUCUCGAAUAUAGCCUUAACCCUUUUACCCCUUUUGUCACCUUAAAACCCUCACCCGGCUCGUCAUUGAAAACCACCACCAUCUGAAGUCAGUAGAAACUAGGGCUGCAUGAUAUUGGGAAUUGCUGCGAGAUGCGAUAUGGCCAUUAUUAGUGCAAUGUUUUAAUAUACUUAAAAAAAAACUAAACAAGAAAAAUAUGUACUUUAAUUUACCACUGAAACUCUUAACUGAAAAGAGACUAAACCAGUACUAAACCAAGGCAAUUUUUUUUACUUGAUAAGGAAAAUCAUUAGUAAAAUCAGCCUUACUUUGCAAAUUAUUUUAAAAAACAGUGCAUUUUUGUCAGAUGGAUAACCUUAGUGUUUUUGCGAUUACUUUAUAUCGAGCAUGUUGCGAUAUCAAUUAUUGCAUUACUCAAUAUUAGACUCAAUUGUUCAGUUGUGGAUGGGAGAGCAAAUUUUUAACUUCGACAUAUUGUUGAUGUAAAUAUAGUCGAUAAAUGACAAUAAUGAAACUAAUUUAUGCCACUGAUACAAUAACCCAAGAGCAGAUUUAAGCCACAAAAACUAUUCAAAAUCUACAAUAUUGUUACAAACCAUGAGCUGGAAUAAAUAAAUAGCAGAAUGAAACACUUAAAUGCUUAGUUUACAUUUGUAAUGAGUCAUAAAAGUUACUAAUUCAACCAUGUAUGGCUUAAAUCUUAUUAUAUAGCAAAAAAAAUAAAAAUCUCAAUAAUGCAUAGAAAAUGUGCACAUGAUAAAAUACUGACACCAAAAGUAUUGUUCUAACUUUCAUAUGUUGAACGAUAAAUCAGUAUGGUAAUUAUUAUUACAGUUUUGGCUCCCAUCCAGACGCCACUUUCAAUUUGAUGACUGACUUUAAGCACUAGAAUUUAUACUACUGAGUUAACAAAGUCUUACCCCAAAGAGAGUUUCAGAGCAAACCUGCAUUUCCAUUAUUAUGAGUUCUCUCUAUUGUAUAUCGUCAAUAUUGCAAUAUCGGCACUUUUUCGACAUCUUGUGCAGCCCUAGUAGAAACCUGAAGUAGUGAGAUGCAGUUUUGUUACUACUUGAUCGCAUUGCAGUUUCUUGCGUAGCAGAUAGAACGGUUCUUCAUAACAUGUGAGUGAUUUGUUUAAAGAUAGGUGUUUAAAAGUUACGUAACCACUGCACUAAUUUGUAGCUUAGGUUGGAGCUUCUCUUUGAGUAAUAAUGUCUAGUCUCCUCUCACACUGUAUGCAAACCUCAAAGCACAUCUACGAAUCAUGAAUUUCUUUUUAAUAACUAGAUCUUUUAUAUCUGUAUAACUCAAUAAUUAUUAAAGCCAGUUGAUGUCAUAGAUGAGCUAUUGGAGACAAGGCAUUUCACAGCAUCUUGUAUUCAUUUCUUUCCUAUAUAUUGGCCUUUUUGAGAUUUAAUUGCCAACUAAACUAUCAUAUUCUGCUCAGAUUUUCCUCGUCGCUUUCAGUGUAGCAGAGUUAUAUUAUUGUAAAUCGUGUGAUCUUUUUGUUGGCACAGUCUUUGCUUCUUUUUGCUAAUCAUUCCAUUUCUAUAUUCAUUUAUUUUUGACCAUACCUGUGUUUCGGAUGUUGUAGGUGCAGCGAGUGACCGCAGAUGGACUGAAAAUAGUGUAUUUUAAUUAUAUAAGUAUAAUAAUAUUGAAGAGUGCCUAGCGCAGUUAAUAAGAGCUACAGAAUACUUAGCAACAAUGCCACCUCCUCACUCACUGGUUAACUUUCCUGUUGAUAAGCUUGUGUUUCGUAAUAUGCUACAAUGAAUACUUUCUGUAGUAUAUUUUUAUUGAUUUUCUGUCUAUUACAUCUGUUAAGUACUGGUUACUUGUUGGCUGAAUUUCCAAGGACAGGUUUACCAAUAGUUUGGACUGUUUUUGAAACAGAUGAAUGCAUGGAAGCUACAAGCAAAGCAAUAGGCACAGAGACCAAACUCAUCUGUUCAUCUAUCCACGUUUCACUCUGGAGACAGACACAUAGAUUUAAAAAGCACGAAAUCUAUUCAAACUGCUGUCGAAGCAUUUUCUCUAUGAUAUUUUUAAAUGUGAAAUGCUUUUUUGUGACUAACUGCUGCUCAUUUGUGCGGCUCAGGUCAGGCCAAUAUAUGAAUUGACUUUUUGGCGAAAAUGUCUUCUGUGAAACUAUCCACGGGUUUGAGAUCGAUGAGAAAUUAGGACCGUUGCAAAACAAAAUAUUAAAUCUUCUGAAUGGCGUAUAGAACAGAAACCCAUGGAUAGGAAAAAUCUGAUGUAACGUCUAACACUUAAGCUGAAGGGAAUCACAGUACAGCUCUAUAAUACUCCUUAUAUUAUAAAUUACUAUAUUUAUAUUUUCUUGAAAAAAAAAAUAGAGAACUUAAUUGCAAUUAUUUUUAAAGCAGAAACUGUUCUUCCACUGGUUUAAAUAAGACAACAAAAUGUCUUCCCCAUCAUAUAUAUUUGAGUUUAUUGCCAAAGAUGAGGAAAGUUAUAUUCAAAACAUGUUUAUUUAAAGAAAUGAGACCCGUCAUGACCGUUGCACUUAGUUUUCUUGGUGUGUCAAUCUUCAGGUAUAACAAAUAUAACAAUAUCAGCACAAUUCAUCCUGUUUAUCUAAUGGGUGUACGAAGCCAACUUAAGGGCACUGCUUAAAGCCUAUUUUAAUACUUGCACCUUAUGACCCAAACCAAAAUCACAAUCUUAAAAAAAUAUAUUAAAUUUUUACCCAAUAUAAGAACGUUAUGCAUUGUAAUUAUUAUAUAUGCUUAAUUCUUUUCCAAGAGUCCAAACAUCUACAAAACAGCCAUAUAGCUUAACUAAUUUUCCAAAUCCCAUACUUUUUUCUAUAGAAAUGCGUCUAUAAAGAAAUUCCUAGUUAGUUACCUAAACAACUAUUGUAUCCUUUUGUGCUAGUACUGUCUUCUUGAAUGUAAUCAUUUUGUACCUGUAUUUUUCUAAUUGAGUCUUGAUUGUACUGUAUGUAUGCUAUGAUGGUGUACUGAUCUUUAGGUGCAUACGUACUUCGUUACAGCCAGUUCUCGUGAGAAGAUAGCGGCGGCACUGCAAAUUCUAUGGAAAUGUGUGGAGUUUUAAUUACUUCCUAUAAUGUGUGAUCUUUUGACUGAAAUCACAUUUACUGUAGUGCUGAGUCACAGGAUCCCUCUGGUUUUCUUUGUUAUAUUUUCUGCAGUAAGUGUACAUCAGGUUACAGGACAGUUUGAAACAGGGCUCUCCUGCAGUCAGAAGAAACAUUUGAAUGCUUGAGUUUCAACUUAUUUAUUACUGUUCCUUUUUAUAGAUGUAGUUGAAUCACAAAUAUAUAAAUUUAAUAUGCACCCCUUUAUACAUGAACGUGUAUAAUGUUAUCUUCCCUUUACUGGAAUGUAGAUCAUGGAGUCGCUUUCCUCUAUAAGUUUGAACUGUGCUUAUUCUUCUUUAUGUUAAUGAAUCACAAAUGGCAGAUAUGUUUGUUGUUUAUAGAAGCCUUGCCUUACUGGUCCCCCUGCUUAAUGAGGGGUCCCUUAGCCAUCCCACCUUGCCUUUCCCAUCCCACCAUUACUGUGUCAUAACACUGUUUGCUGAUGCAACUGUUAUUUCUUUUACACUUAACUGCUGGCGCAAAUAUAACUUGUUGAACACCUAUUAAAAUAACAUCAAUAAUCA